UAGACAGCAAGGCAAAACGGUUUUUGGGACUUGGACGGGACCGCGACUAGACGGUUGCUUUCAAUCGUUCGUGUUAAUUCACCCCGUGUGCCAUUGAAGAGCAAAUAAGCCAAGCACUCAGGUUCCAACUUUUCCUCCCUCUAUACAAUUAAUUUAAGCAAGUUAGCUCCGUGUUUUUAUCGGAUAGCGGCAUCCGCACUUAGUGUGACAAAUUUCCAGAAAAGAAACAAAUUUCCAUAAUGAGCUGGCAGGAUUAUGUUGACAAUCAGCUCCUGGCUUCCCAGUGUGUGUCCAAAGCGGCCAUCGCCGGACACGAUGGAGGUGUUUGGGCCAAAUCAGAGGGAUUUGAGGUAUCAAAAGAAGAAUUGGCGAAAAUAGUGCAAGGUUUCGAUAAAACCGAACUGCUCACCUCAGGAGGAGUGACACUGGCCGGCCAGCGUUACAUCUACCUAUCAGGAACCGACCGAGUAAUCCGAGCAAAGCUGGGAAAAAUGGGAGUCCAUUGUAUGAAAACUCAACAGGCUGUUAUAGUAUCAAUUUAUGAAGAACCAGUUCAGCCUCAGCAAGCAGCGUCUAUAGUUGAAAAACUUGGAGAUUAUCUAAUUACCUGUGGUUAUUAGAAGAGGUAAACUUUCAAACUGCUUUUUAUAAUUUAAACUUUAGAAAUCAACACUUGGAUAAAAAAAAUAAAAAAAAAGAUAAAAACGUGAAAAAAGAUACAGUAUAGGAUUACUGCUCCUUAGGGUCGAUGCGAUGAUGAAUGAAGCGCGUUAGCAGAAAACAAUUUAACAAAUGCUGAUUGUAAGAAUAAGAUCGGAGGAAAAGAAGAUUCUUUUUCUUCUUUUGCAAAGUCAAUAUUUAUAAGUUUCCUUGAUAGUUUUUUGUUUUUUUUUUCUCUUUUGUUUUCUCUACAUUAUUGCAGAAGUUUUUGAGAUUGAGAGAGAAAGGACAUUUGACACAUUAAUUUCAUCUUGUUUUUUUUUUAUUUCAUAACUUCUUAUUUUCUCAUUUUGUCCUACGAAUGAUGGUUGUUUGUGUUAGAUUAUGUUUCCUUCGAUCAGUUUUUGAAUAAAAAUCUACUUAAAUUGAAUUUAGUUUUACACACACAAAAUUUCGUACGUUGUUUCCAAUCAAACAAUGGUCAUCAGUGUAUGAUUUUCUGUUUUGUUUUUCUUCUCUCUUUCUAUUUUAUUUGCAGCCCACGGCGGCAGUGUGAGCGUAUAUCUCUUGUAUUUGUGUAAAAUCGUUUCCGUAAAUUAAGAAAUUGUAAUUUGUAUUAGCUCAUAAAAUCGCAAAGCAUCUCUCUGAAUUGGUUAUAAUAAUACUGAAGAACUAGAGACAGGAAAACGGCAGGUGGCAUAAAAAGGGCCAAAUAGUGUAUUUACACUAGCUUGGGGAAAACGAGAUGAUUCUUCCCUAAGAUGGCACACGAGAUGAUUUGAAGUCAUAGGAUACGAGCACGAGCAUGAGAAGGUUGUAGAGUUGAGGUCAGCAGAGGAGGACAAGAAACAAAAAAAAAUGUGAAAUAAAAAAGCAACAAUGUGAAAAUAUAAGGUUAAACUGAGGAAUACCAUUUUUGGUGACAAAAAAGGAAAAUGAACGCAUAACUUACGCUACUAUUAUUAUCAUCCAUAACUGUAUUAAUUAUUCAGAAGGAACUGCUGAAUCGUGGAACAGAUUUCGAUCAUUGAUUUGCUAAACAAAAAUCAGUUUCUUUGUCGGACAGCAUAAAUAAAAAGCAUAAUAUGAGAUAAACAUGCAAACACUAUGAUAAGGAUAAUACAAUGAUAAUAAAAAGAUGAAAAGGAUAACAGCGAAGCAUAAUGGAAAAACAAUGUGUGUGAUUUACUUCUAAUUUAUCAAUAAGUGAAAGCAUGUGGAAAUUGAAGAGUUUUUAUGUCUCUUUAUUUUUUUUUAUAAAUUAUUGUAGAUUUUGUGAUUAUAACUUAUUCUAUCCUAUAAUCGAAACAAACAUGCUACUGUCUGUGGUUUUCAACACCGCUUAAACACAAACAUCCCUUUUUCGUUUAUUUUCUGUCUACCAUUGCUACUUUUCAUAAAUGUCCUUUCCGUAAAAGAAAGAAAUAAAAAACAAAAUCAAAAACUGCAAACACAAA